CAAUGUGUCUUUGAUUGCGUCAUAGAUACUUGAAGGGGAAGUAUUUUGUUAUUUUUUUGUUUUUUGUAAAUAAACGUUUUAGGAUGUAUUUGAACUCGAAAUUAAAUGUACUGAAUAUGAAAUCUAAAGCACUGUUGUAAAUGACCAGUUUUUAUUUUUUGAUUGUCACUUCCGAAAAUGGAUAUCCAAGGAAGAUACAAUGUUCGGAGUCCUGCAGUUAAAAGGUUAAUGCGAGAAGCGUGUGAAUUGAAGGAUUCCACGGAAGAAUACUGGGCACGCCCACUAGAUGACAACUUGUUCGAAUGGCAUUUUACUGUGCGUGGACCGCCGGCUACCGACUUUGAAGGUGGAGUGUAUCACGGAAGGAUAAUACUACCAACGGAGUAUCCCAUGAAACCUCCAAAUAUAAUACUGUUAACACCAAAUGGAAGAUUUGAAGUAAACAAAAAGAUUUGUUUAAGCAUAUCUGGCCAUCACCCAGAAACAUGGCAACCCUCGUGGUCCAUACGUACUGCUCUUCUUGCACUGAUAGCAUUUAUGCCAACUCCUGGAAGUGGUACAAUUGGAUCUUUAGACUACACACCAGAAGAAAGGAGAAAACUAGCCCGUAGGUCACAGCAGUGGGAGUGUCAGAACUGUGGAAAGAUUUGUGAGCACUUGUCAAAUUCAACAUGCCUACCACCAACAAAAGAAGAAUCAAACCUUAUAAAGCAAAUAGCUCUGAAGGGAGAGGAACCAUCCGAGAGUGCAGAUGGUACUUUGCGACAGCGCCGAGCAGAUGUUGCGACAGCAGAACUAGUGCAGCAAGGUAUUCCAGCUGAACAAAUGGCUGGUUCUGACAGGAGUUCAGCUGCCAGUAGUGAUUCUCGAGGAAUGACUGUUCUUGUUUGGUUUCUGCUUAUAGCUAUUGCAUUUCUUAUUGUGCGGAGGGUGUUCCUCCUCUAAUUUACUUCUGCUUGUUUACAGCUUUCUGUAAAGUGAGAUUUAUUAAAAAUAUUGCAUUUAUUAAA